GGAGGGACGCGGCCGUCGCUGCUCCGAGACAGAAGCGGAAUGAGAGAGACAGAGAUCGAAGCAGCGGUGGACUGAGGAGAGGCAGAUCCAGAGGGAAGAGAGAGGCAGCGGGCUGGAUGGGCGGGCGCGGGGACGGCGCACGGCGUCGCGAAGGAGGCGUAGACGCAUAAGCAGCAGAGUCGAAGAGAGUUGGUCUACGUUGGCAGAUUGAGGGAGACAGGGAGAGGAGCAGGAGGGAUCACCGUGCAGAAGCGAGAGACGCCGCGUUCUGGAUGUAAACUUUCUCCUCCGCGGGGAUCAGCUGCAGAGCAGGAGGAGAGCGUGCUGGUGGAUUACCAUGCGUGUCCUCUGAGCGCACCAGGAUGCUGCAUCUCCAUCAGGGGAAAAGCUGGCUGUGGCUCGCCUGCAGAGGGAAGUCGCACGGAGCAAGAGUGAAGGAACAAUGCGAGAAAAGCUGAUCCACGAGCUAGAGGAAGAGCGACGCCUGCGACUGGAGAGCGAGAAGCGUCUCCGGGAAGUGACGGAGGAGUCGGAGCUGGAACGGGCGCAGAUGGUUUCCCUGCAGCAGCAAUUCUCCAGGAUGGAAGAGACGGUGCGCUCGUUGCUGCAGAAUCAGGGCGGAGUCCUGGAGCAGACUGCUGUGGACACAGUGGACAUCAUGAAGGCCUAUAAGGACAAACUCUCAGAGGAAGUGCAGAAACUGCACCAGGGACUUGCAGAGAACGAUAUCCGCCUGGCAGCUCGGGCAGAGCUGGACGCGGAACAUGGUGGCGGCGAAGAACAGGAGGACAACGACAAAACCAAGCCCCUUCUGGAGCGCCUCAAGGCCCUGGAGGUGGAGAAUUCUGCCUUGGCCUUAGAGAACGAAAGCCAGAGGGAGCAGUACGAGCGCUGUCUAGACGAGGUCGCCAAUCAAGUUGUGCAAGCACUUCUCACACAGAAGGAUCUGAGGGAGGAAUGUCUGAAGCUGAGAACGAGAGUGUUCGACCUGGAGCAGCAGAACCGAGCCCUGAGUGUUUUAUUCCAGCAGAGGAUUAAGCCUGCGUCUGACCUGCUUCUCCAGAAGCUCCACUCCCGCAUCAUGGAUCUGUCCGCGGCUGAUCUGCUGCUGGAGCCGGAGAGAAGCAAGGCUUUCUUGCUUUCCAGGAACACAGACUCUCCCUCUACUGAGGUUCAGUUAACUGGAAAGCCAGGUCUCCCUGUGGCCAAGUGCUUGAGCCAGCUGAGUCUGACUGUGCCCCCGCCCAUCUACCCACGCAGCAGCUGCAGCAGCAGUGAGAUAUCCCUGUCGAGCGCAUGCAGUGAAUUCUCCAGCGGCUCGUACACCUGGAAUGAUGGACGCUCCUGUGGGAAAAUGUCUUCUCUUACAUGGGAGAAGAGGCUGAGUCUGGGUUCAUCAGCUCCUAGUAACAUCUGCGCUCCCUCAGAGGAGCAACGGCCCACAAGAUGCAAGGAGAGCCACAUACUGGAAGGACUCAGGAAGCUUCAGAGAAGAAAACACAGGAGCUCCUCUUGUUCUUCAAAGGUCUCCAGAUCAGGCUACAAAGACUGCAUGAACUCCAAUGAGGGCAUCUACUCUCUAGGUAUCAAGAGUAGCAGUAAAGGGGUUUCCAAGCCCAGCCAUUGUGGCAGGACUUCGACUGCUCGUGGCAAACAGUUCUUUUAUGAUUCGGAUGAUGCCGAUGAUGAAUUGGCACAGUCUAGCUGCAGAGAUAACAUCCCCACCAAGGACUGUUGGUUUCAUUGUAAGAGACUCUCUCAUAGCAUCUCAGACAGUUUGUGUAGCUGGGAGGGGACGCAGGAAAGUGGACCUGGAAGUGGCUCUACUUCAGGACUGAUGGUUAUGAACCCUUGCUCCAGUGGUGACUCCAAAGAGCCUCCAGAGAAGCUUGUAAGUUUCAUCAAUAACUUUCUCUCAGAUGGAGAGCACAAAUCUGCUUUUAGUAAACCAUCUAAGCUCCACUUCAGCCCCCCUGAACCAGAGGGUCCCAAGCGUCUCUGUGACAUGGACAACCACGAACAAAUCAACUCUGAGUGCAGUGAUGUCAGAAUGUCCUGUGACCAGCCGACAGAGCAAGUGGAGAGGGAUUUCAAAAGACUAUCUAGGGAUGCUGCAAAGCUCCUCAAACAAAAGUACUUGGGGAGAGACCAGGGACGCACCCAGUCUGCUGAUGGGAGGCCCAGACCUUUUAGCCUGAAGAAAGAACCAGAAGCAUCUAUGUGUACCCAGUCUGAAGAAAGCAUAUUGGCUAUAUUUGAUGCAGAAGGGGAACCUAUUGAUCUUUGUCCCCAAAGGCUUGCAGCAGAAGCAGAUAUAAUUCAAGGUAGCAAAAACAUUAAUUAUGCAGAAUUAGUACCACAAGAGAGACCAACAAGACAAAUAUCUGUAAAUGCAAGAAACUAUAAUGUUCUUGAAUCUCCAGAAAAUCCCGUAGAGUGUGAGACGAGGGCUAGUAAAUCAGGCAACUGCAGAGAAGGAAGUACAGAGAGACUGUCUUUACAGCUGACUCCUCAAAGAAAACUAAUAAAACCACCAAGUGUCCGUGCAAGUAAAGGUCAGUCCAUCCCUCCAUUGAACAAUGCUGCUUCUCACAACUCUAAUGGUUCAAAGAUUCCCGGUCGUAACAAACCAUCAGCAUCACCCCUGAGGGUAUCUAAAGGUUCAGCUGAGCCAAGCAAUGGUGGAAACUCAGGAUCCUCCACUCAGGAGAAAUCCCCUUCUUCUCCUACAAUUAAAAUGUCCAGAUUCCUCAAAACACAAACUAGCUCUCAGAGCCCCAAGUCUGUGAACUCCAAGCUUUCCAACAGGGCCGAUUGGAGUAAGGGUCCCUCAUCCACUUCCCCCCACCUCCCAAGGAGACUAUUUGAAUAUGGAGACACUAGUGAACAACCAACCAGAGACAAACACUGUGAACCUAGUAAAAAUAAACUCAGGUCUCCCUCUCCUCCCCCUCCCCCGGGCCGCACCACCUCCUUACUCGUCAGACCAAAUUAUGAAGGUUCACCUCAGGCACAUAAAACAGGGGUGACUCAGCCAUCCACACUAACCACUGGUAGGGGCCCUCCCCCAAGUUACUACACCUCAUUAGCACCAAAUAUGCAAACCACUUUACCCAUAAAGGAUAAAGACUGUUUGGAUUUGGACGCAGGCUAUGGGACUGCACUUGCACCUCAGAAACUGGUAGAGAAAACCAGUCAGCACCUUCAGAAGUCCCCCGUUGUGAGUCAGACUCCUACUAAAGGCACUUCCAAACGAACAAAAGACUACCUCCCUUCUGCAACCUCAGGGUGUGCUCGAGAACCUGAAAAUGCACCUAGAAGCUCAAAGAAUGUUCCUCCUCCCUACAGUGCCCUAAGAGGGUCCUCGCUACAAAAUUCCUUUGCAAUUAAGAAGGGGCCCAUUCCUGAAAAUGUUCACCAGACAGUGCAGAAGACCUCUAUAAGUUUACCCAUAUCCCCCCAUGACUCUCCUCAGUGUCAGACAGAGCAGCAGAAUGGUAAAGCUAUCAUUAGCCCUCCUUCCUCUGCGAUAAUGUCACCCAACCAAGCAGAAAAAGCCUCAAAGACUCGUAUCCCAAUGGGGUUUAAAGCCUUUUUAAAAUCACCUCCUAAAAGUAGCCCCACUAUUCCAGGUAAACAAGAGAAAGAUCAUAUCAACUCAGUCUCCAAGGAGACCGUGACUUCAAAUGCUUCGACCCAGUGUGAUGGCUUGCAAGCAGUGUACAGUAUUGAUUUACCACCCAAUAUGUCUUCCACAGAGGGGAAAGGUGAUGUCCAGUGUUGCAUGGAGGGGGAGGAGGUACAUGCCACUGUGUUGCCAGAAGAAGGCGAUGUUUAUGAUAAGGGGAAAAGGAGUAGUCAACUCUUUGGUCGAUCCAUAUCUGUUACAACUAAAACCCAUUUGAAACCCGCUUUAGGAAUGAACGGAGCCAAAGCUCGUAGUCAGAGUUUCAGCACCAACUACAUGGAGAAACCCAACAUCAAUUUGCUCGAAGGACCAGGGAAAAUACGCACUCAGAUCAUUACCAACUCAGGUGAGAGAGGAAACUCUUUGUCAAGGCAAAGUUCUUUAGAAGUACCCGCUGGUGGGUUAGCCGAGAGCCCAGUCCAUUCACCCAGGACGAGGGUGAGUUACUAUGGAGGCAUGACGGGUUCAACCAGUACCAAUGGUCUUCCUGACAAAAUGUCUAAAUCAGGCUCUAAGGGUGAAGGCGUCACCUCGCCUACUCAUAAAGAGGUCCGUAGCCUGCCAACAAGUGAAAGGACUAGUUUCAACAACAUCCUGAAACCAAAAGUGGCCUCUCAUCCACAGUUUCAGCCUCAGCCAUCCUUCUUUAGUUCAGAAAACCCUGCAAGAGAGAAGGAUGGCCUGGUAAGCAGCCCUAAUGAACCAGUCAAAACCCAAUUGGACUCCCCAAUCAAGUCAACAGAUGCAGAGGAGAAGAAAGCCAGCCCAACAGUUUGCACAAUUGAAGAGAAAGUCAUGAUGGGAAUUGAGGAAAACUUGCAAAAAUCCCAAGAACAAGAGAAGGUAGCAGCCAGUGAGGCCAAGCAAAAGACUGGCCCAUCUCUUGCAAACUGGUUCGGCCUCCGAAAGAGCAAGCUUCCGGCUCUGAGUGGCAAAAAACUGGAUUCCCCCAAAGGGAAAGAAGAGAAGAAGGACCUAAAGAUCGGAUCCGUCCUUGGGGGAAAGCAGAACAAGCCUGAGAAGAAAAAGGAGAAGAAGAAAGAGAGCCAGGACGUGCAGAAUCUAUCAGAGAUGAACAACAAACUGAGCUCCAUCAUGGACCACUGCAAUAAUCAGAUGGGUCAGAUUGCCAGUCAGAUCCAAUGUACAACGGCGUUCAUCGGCAAAGACCAGUUCGUCAAAGAUCUCCUUGGCAGGACUGCUGUGAAGGUCAGCGGCGUGACCGCCUCGCCGCAUGCUAUAUCUACAGCCAAGAAGCACGGCGAAACGAAGGCGGACAUGCAGAUCUGUCCCGAUACAGCGAGCCUCAUAAUGACUCAGAAGAUAGGUCUCAAGGCUGAAAAAGAGGAUGGACACGUCCCAGACUCCACCUGUCAAGAACACAUGAUAGGCUCCAGCUGCCAGAUGCGAACCCUGGACAGCGGAAUCGGCACCUUCCCCCUCCCUGACUCUGUCACCCGGGCCAGCGGCCGCCACAUCCCCAAAUCUGAACCCGGCCUGGAUGGGGUGACCGCCGGCCCCUCUGACCCUGACCCCUCACAACCCGACGUGAAAGUGCCUUCCCUCCCCAAAACGCACACGCAUGCCCCCGGCCGCAGCAUGGCCCACUCCGCGUCCGAGCCCACCGUGACCGGCAGCAGGAACGCCCAGGACACCCAGAGCCGCCUGCCCAAACUCUCAUCUUCAGACGCCAUCAGGACCAAGAGGUCGAGUUUCUGCGCCCAGCACAGCAACAUCUCCGCUUCCACUGAAGACGAGCAGAGGAAGAUGAAAACAAAGGACCAGGAUUCAGCGGAAAGAUCCAUGAAGGUGUGCAUGUACUCAGGCAGCAGCAGCGAGACCGAGACCGAACCAGAGAGAACUGACGCCACGUUAGCAUCACCACAGCGAAUCAAGAGGCCCGACUCUGUCGAGCAGACCGAGGAAACCCUGAAGAGCCGGAGUGUUGAGAAAUCCCUGUCCAUUAUGGACUACUACCAACAUGAGAUGUUCUCCCACCUGGAGAAGGACGGCAGGAGGAUUUCCCAGUACAACCUGUUGCACAAAGAGUCAUCCAUGGAUGGGAAAGCAGGAGACCACAUCAGUAAGGAGCUUUCAGUGGAGAAGUUGCCCGUCAGUCCGAGCCAUCCAGCCUCUCUCAACAUCUCCUUGGAGUCCCUAAACAAGCUGAACCACAGCGCCGAAGGCAGCCGGUGUCCGGAGACCAGCCUAAGUGGCCUCAGAGGUGAUGGCCACACUGAUGCGGGGAAAAGUGGCUGCAACGUGAGCGGGCCUUCGCCUGCCUCCAGCUUCCCGAGCAGGCCAGGGGCGGAUCCCUCGGGCUCACUCAGUGACUCUCUGUAUGACAGCUUUUCUUCCUGCACCAGCCAGGGCUCCAAUGGCGUAUGAGAAACAGUGAUGCCCGUCGAUGUGAGGCCAGGCCAUAGUUUUUUGGCCUAUUGUGACCUUACUUUCUCAUCUUUGUAGUUUCUAAUAUCAAUGGAUCUUAAAGGGUACAGCUGGCCCAUAAGGCAGAUUUUCUUUGGUUGAUUUUCCAUACCUAAUUCACAAGAAACUGAAAACUAUCAUCUCUUGUCUUUGCUCAGUCACCAGAGUGGUUUCUAGAACCCAUGGAUUAGGAAUGAUCUCAACAUUCCUCAACAAUCUCUUGACCUUCGUUUGAUUAACGACCAUUAUGUAUGUUCAACCUGACUUGGUGAGGAUCUCACCUGGUUUGAGAAGACCGUUUCCAUCUCUGAAGAUCAGACCGGGUUGUUUUGGUGCUUCAACCUAACCAGUUAUGGGAUAAAAUAGAAAAGCAGUGCAAAACGUUUUUUUUUGUUUGUUUUUUUUCAACCAGGGCAAUAGUCAGGGCCCGCUGGAGGUCUUAUACCUUGUAGUUGGUAGUUUAGGAAUCUUCAGGAAUCAAAUUAAAUUUAAAAAAAUUGCCGACAACAUGUUAUGUACCCUAGUCAAAUAGCAAAGAAAUGUAGUCUAAAAUAAUGAGCUGUAUACCUCUAACCUGUAAUACCUCUAACUGAAACGUUAUACUGCUUGUUUAGGCUGUUUUUCUGUGUAAUGAUACACCCAUAAUUGAAUUUUUAACAUAAUUUAUGAAUCCCAACUGAUAGUGGUUUAUCGGUAAGAGGCUGAAACUUUUGGGACUACUGCUCUCGACCCAAAAUGGUUUCAAAGGUGAGAGAGUAUCUGAAAGUUGAACCCUAGCCAGACGGGUAACAGCACAAUUAUUCGCUGGUGAUUGGUCCGAUCCAAACCUUAUUUUGGUUUGAACCUAUUUUGAGUUCUCUCUUGACUAAAUCUCUGUUAUUGUUGGAAAAUACUUUAGCAGACUUUUUUUUUUAUAUCUUAGUUGAUCAAGAUUUACGUUAAAAGGUUCUCAAAACUGCCUCUGUUGAGUUGCAUCAGUUGGUGAUAAAGAAUUGGUUUCAUGUUUGUCCAGUCUUGUCUACAGUUUUAUGGAGGAGCAGUGUCAGUAUAAUAUUACUGCUUUUGUCUCCUCUCUAACUUCCAGUCCUUUUUUACUUGGUUAAAUUAGGACAAUUCACCUUAAGAAAACAAAACAUGUAUCCCAUAUUCUGAGGGCCUAAUUGUUUCCCUUAAUGGUGAAGGCAAGAGAUGUCUAGGCUAUUAAUGGGUUCUUGAACACUUCCUGAUAUGUCUGAGGGGGCUUUUGGUUUUCGGUACAUCACUCCACCGACUGUUUUAUUUGAUCUCCUCUCGUGUCAUUGUCGGUAACUCAGGGAACAUCUUGGACUCGCAAAGAUUGUAAAAUUAAGGUGUUUUCGACCCAUAUGAGAAACAUUUGAAAAUCUUUUUGAGUUCAGGUUAAUAAUUUCCAGAAUCGCUUUCACUCCCAUGUAGCAUCACUGCAGUGCUGACCUUUCUUCUGUCCUGUUUUUUUUUCCUAAUGUUUGUAUAUUAUGUUGUAUAUAAAAUCACUAUAAGUUAAUAUCAGAAGGGGCAUUGCUGACUAAUAUGUGACAGAAGCAAUUUUUUAAACAAAGGCUGUACAUUUUUGUCAAUCGUUCCACUAACUUUUCCAAAUCUGCUGUUUGAAAAAAGCAUGGAUCUUUUCUUAUCUUUGGGGGUUUCUGUUUUAAAGAAUAAAAGUCUUUAUUUUGAAUCAAUAAAUGCAAAAAUACUUUAUUUUAGAGUCAUAUUUGAACUUUAGGUGUAAUUAUGCCAAAUUUUUGUCUGGAAUUUGAAAUGCUGGUGCUAAUCAACAGAGCCGACUUUUCUUUUUUUUCUAUGAAACUGUAAUUAUUGUAUGAAAAGAAUCUGAAAAUGAGGACUUGUGUAUUUUUUUAGAUGUCCAGUAUUUAUACCCACAUUUUGUACUGUCGGACUGUAGUGUGACUCUCAUGCUUCACCUCUUUCCUUAAAUGUUUCUUUGUAAAGAGAAUUGGUUACCAGCAGUGUUACUUUGGUAAUUAUUAUUAUUAUUGCUGUGUGCAAUUUUGUCUGUUACUCUAGACUUUAAGGCUAUAUUUUAUGUAACUAUUUCCUAAAUAAAUAUGAGAAAUUAUUUCCUAUUUCAAACUGA